GUGGAACGCAAUGAAAGUGGCGGGGAUGAAUACAACGGUACUAAUGGGCGACGCUUCGUUAGAAAUAUCACACAUGACUUUUUCAAGUUAAAACAGAGUAAAACUUUAAUUAGAAUUAGGACUUGGCCAAAAAUAGUAACAAUGAUUAAAGAGAAUAAAAGUCAAACCAAAGCUAGCAAAAAGAGUGGCAAUAUCGUCAGUGAACAAAUACUCAACACAAAAGUGAAAGUAAUAUUUAAAAUUUUAAUUUAUGUUGUUGCGGCACCAGCAGUACUUUAUGGACUAUAUCUGUUGGCCCUCCAGUAUAGAAGUUAUUUUUGUAAGUUACAUGUUCAAGAAAUUUAUCUGGAGGAAAAAAGGCCGAUUUUUAGGAUUUAUACGAAAAAUGAGGAGAGCGACACCGGAUAUUUAAAACACAUCUUCGCAGUUUUGGAUCGCCUUGGUUUUCAACAAGAAACAACCACAGAGUGGGAUUUAUUAUGGGCUCACGAUUACCCUUUCAGUGUUUUGAAUUCGAACCUGACGAACUUGAAGCCUCACCAAAAAGUCAAUCACUUUCCGGGUUGUGGAUACAUCACAAAUAAAGUAGAUCUUUCAACAACAGAAGGAAAAUACACUCCCCUCUCUUUUAAAAUCCCUGAAAACCAAGAAGCUCUACUCACUUAUGUUAAAGAAAAUCCCCAAAAAUCCUUUGUACAGAAGUCAAAUGCUCAUCGUGGCAUAGAAAUAAAAAAAAUUGAGGAAUUAAAUCUCACAGCCGAAGGAUCUUUCGUCCAGGAAUUUAUCGAUCGUCCUUUUCUAGUCGAUGGUUACAAAUUUGACAUUGGUAUCUACACGGUGAUAACCUCCAUAGACCCUUUAAGAGUUUAUGGAUACAAAGGCGACGUUCUGUUUAGAUUUUGUCCUGAAAAAUACUACCCCUUUGAUCCAAGUAACCUGGACAAAUACGUCGUUGGAGAUGAUUAUCUACCAAUUUGGAAUGUGCCAUCUCUGAGAAAUUACUACGCGAAAUUAGGAUUUUCUAUGAAAGACUCUUUCGAUGCGUACGUUAGAUCGUCAGGAAAAGAUCCACAAAAAAUGUGGGAUGAUGCUUUCGAUGCGAUAAAGGAAAUAGUUUUGAAAAAAGAGAUGCAGAUCCGUGAAGUCACGAAACGUUUUGGAAGCGGGAGGAAUUUUUUUGAAUUGAUGAGAUUCGAUUUUACGCUUGAUGAGGAUUUAAAUAUUUAUAUAAUGGAGGCGAACAUGUCCCCGAAUCUUUCCUCGGCUCAUUAUCCACCGAAUCAGUUGUUGUACGAACAAGUUUUAUUUAAUCUAUUUGCUUUAAUUGGAGUUGGUCGGAGAACAAGGAGCGACACGUUGAGAAUAAGGGAUAGGGGAGAAAUAAAAAUGGAAGUAGCUGAUAAAAAUUUGGUAGUUUUGUCCGAGGUUUGUUCAACUUGUGACGAUUGUUUUCAAGUUGAGUGUCAAUUAUGUAGGGGUUGCUACACUGACGACUGGAGGGUCAUCUUGACCCAAAGUUUUAUAGAACAUCAUAAUAAAAUGGAUUUUAAGAGAAUAUUUCCACCUCCGAUUUCGCAAGACAUGGUGCUAAAAGACUACACGCUGAGAAAUCAACUCCUGAUAAGAUGGUUUCAAGGAAAAUGUGAAAUCGAUCCCACCUGGUGUGGCUGAUAUUACACAAUUAUCAACUUAAGAAAACAGGAGGGAUUCUGUGCCAUUACAAAAAAUUACAAAAUCCUGCUUUGUAUCAACAUCGCAUUUAUUUUAAUUUAGAGCGAAAUCUAACUUAUUUAUAAACGCAAGUUACAAAAAAAUUAUUAAAAAGAAAACUUGAGAU